CGCGAGUUUUCUUCCCAGGCAAAGGGAAUCGAGUGCCGAGCAAAGCUAUUUCUACGUUGUUCCCAAUCGGAUACCCCUGCAGCCGAAGAGACGACGGUGACACCUAUUGAUGACACAGGCAACGUGCGACAAACUCGAAUAGGUUACAUGAUGGCUCCGGUUGGAAAGAAUAGAGACUCUCCGGGCUUCAAUAGAAAAGGAGGAAAAGGAAAAGGUCCGGCUGGUCUGAGUCGGAGGCCGCCCCGGCGAUGGGACACGCAUCAAUUCAAGGGAAGCCUCCAGGAGGGUCAAGGCUUUGCCAUUUGGAGAAAACAAAAAAUUCAACGUGCCUACAAAAAGUUACUUAAAAAGGAAAGACAUGUGAAUCCUCAAAAGAAUGUUGAGUACACUGAAGAUUAUCCAGAACAUCUGAAACAUCUUUAUUUAGCUGAAGAGGAAAUGCUUCAGAAACAGCAGAAACCUAAACAUAAACCAGUAGUACUUGAAGAAAAGGAGACUCGAACUUCAAAGAGCAAUGUGAUUCAGAGAAAACUUAAAGCAAAAACUUCAAACCAGAAAGCAAAAGAGGAUUAUGAAAAAAUAAAGGCUGAACGAAAUGAGAAAAAAGAAGCCGCUAAAAAAAGAAGAGAAGAAAGAGAGAAAGCUCAAAAACUUUACAAACAGAAGAAAAUGGAAACAUACAAAAUAUUAAGUAAAAGGACUAGAAAAGGACAACCAAAUCUAAAUUUACAAAUGGAAUAUCUACUUCAAAAAAUAGAGCAAAAAGCAUAAUGUCAUAUUGUUUUAAAUUAUUGACACAAAAAUGAUAAUAACCUGGUUAUAGACUUUUUUCUACAAUGGCCUUUAAAUUUUGUAGCAUCAGCUGUUAUUAAAGUUUAUUAAGUUAUAAUGAAAAUAUUUUUGCAAAUUGAAUUCUACUUGCAAGUCUACUUUUUAAAGUCUACUUUUAAACUUUAAAUUACAAUUUGAAUAGUCUAACUAU